GCCAAUAGAAAGUUUAUAAAGAAAUUAAAAAUGGAGUGAAGGAAGAUAAAGUUCGAAAGUUCAUUCAAUAUAUGGACAAUAGUUGCCCCUUAUUAUGGAUACAUGGAUGACUGGUAUCUGCUAACCACAAGGCUAUGUAAGAAGUCACGAGAGCUGAUGCUUUCUCAAGAUAGGCAGUUCUUUAUAGGCACAAAUGGACACAAAUAAAUCAAUUAAUCUGAUAGAUGUCUAUUCUCGCAUCAAGAAAUUCCAGAACCCAUGGGUGGAGUUCCCUCUAUUCCUGUUUAAGAUAAAGUUGUUGGAUUACUCGAAGAAAUACUACUUCUCAAAGAUAGACGACUGCAUCAUUGAGCAGCUUAAGCUGUCAAUUGACUUUUUUAAGAAUCUCCAGAACGUCCUUGUAGUAGUGAAGGAAGGUAUAGACAAAUGUAUGGACCCAGAGAAGAUACAGAGAUUCAAAAGGUUUAUGAUCCAAAAUGGGAAUAUUGCUUGGGAUUAUCAGCACCUUACUGAGCACAAGGACAAGUUCUUCAGCAUUGUAAAAAAUUGUAAUGUCAACAAAGAGAUCUAUGAGUACCUUCUUGUGUCAAUUAAUCUCUCAGAGCCAAUCUUUGAUUCAAUGGAGGAAGGAGAAAUUGAAGCAUAUCUCUGGUCUAUCACUGGAGGAAUCUAUUUCAGAGGAAAAUCACCAGAAAGCUUGGAAAAUGAGAAAGAGCAUAUUGCAAAGACAGUUCCAUUUGUCAAUAUUACCCUAUCAAAUACCAAUUUUGAGUACCAGGAGGAUCUGUCAGAUUUCCUUAAGACUGAUACAAGCUUCGUCAAUAUCAGGAAGUUGCAUAUGAUCAUCACAGACCAGAGCUUUAAUGACUUGAAGAUAGCUCAAGAGUCAGUCUAUUGCAAAGAUACACUCGAGAUGUUUACUGUAUUCUCAAACGUCUCGGUGAUCAGUAGCCCAAAGAAAAUGGCUCUGAGGAUCUCCUUCCCAGCCAUAAUUAUUCAGAAUGCCCUUAUGAGCACCCUGGAUCUCUGUCUUUUCCAGUUGGUCAAGGAUGCCAAGAUGCUUAGCUUUUCAGCUGAAGACCAGAUAGGUAUCAGUAUGGACCUGACAAUUAUUGAAAUAACAAAUGCUAAAUUUUUUAUUUGAGACAGAAGAUUAGACCACUUGCUGAUUUUCGAAGCUGAUGUUUUGAAAAUUACCAGCGAUGAUAAUAUUACUGAGGAAGACUAUAAACAGAAUUUGGAUGAGCUGCCUCUAUCAUUUUGUAAAGCAGUCUACUGUGAAAAUAUAAAGGUAAGAUGCAUGGCCUGAAUAAGCCCACACGCAAAAUGUUAACCAGACCCUAAUCCUUAUAUAGCUAGUGAAUUAUGGAAGAGUGAAGGAGGAAGACCAUAAGGUCUCUUCUGGCUAUCUUCUCUGAGCCUCUGGAAAGGCAAAUUUUAAGAAACAAAGAUGUAUUAAUGCUAAUAAGGUCUCUUCAUUAGAGUCCCAGUACCAGAAGACAUUCUCUAAGAGUAAUUCAAAGAUGAAGAUUAACGUAUAUCCUGAAAAUUGGGAGAAAGAGUAUGCAGAGAGAGGGAACUACCCAUUUUUACAGAAGUUCUCUCUAAAAUAAUAUCUUUGUACAAGUUCAAC